AUGAUCAAUACUGGCCAGUUGAAUGGUACAGAGGUGAUGUUGGCCGUUAAGAGGAAGAUCAACCAUGAGAGCCCCAUUGUGCAGGGCCUUGCCCUUGAUAUGUUGGAAACCUUUGCCGUGUACUGUAACAUGGUGUUCUCUAAAGUGGUGUCUGAGAUGGUUCUUGAGGAUAUGACUUGGUUUAUUUAUAACCCGCAUGCUGAUAAACAUAAUCAAAAGAAGGCUCUCCAGUUGAUAGAGUCUUGGGCUAACCUAGGGUAUCCUGACUAUCUUGGUCUGUUACGUGAAAGUCAAAGUUCUAUGGUCAUUGACCAAAAAAAAGAAAGUUAUAUGGGCCAGAUCCAAAGAAAAAUACAUAAACUUGGUGGUGGUGGUGCGGUGUGGGCUGGGGUUGGUGGUGGUGUGGUCUGGGUUUUUGGGGGUUCUAAUCUGAAAAAUGUUUUGAGUUUGAUAGGAAGAGAUGAACAAGCUGUCACGGCAGCAAGGAAAUCCGCACCUGCAGCUCUUUACUUGGAUUCUACACUUUCCCGCUAUACACAUAAAGACCCUUUGGAUCCUCCUGAAGGAAACACGAUUCCUGAAGAAGCAGAACUGGAAGACUCUACAGCAGCAUACUCUCCUCCUAAAUACCUUCCCAUGUCAAAUGAAGAGAAGAAAGUGCAUCUUGUGGCUGCUCAAGACAGAUUUGAAUUGUUCUCUAGCAUAGUAUAUUCUGAGGGAGAGCCAACACCUUUGAAGGAAGAUUUAACUUUGAGCUUGUUGGAUGACUGCAAGCUAUCACUCGCUGCCAUGAAGAGGAUUUUGGAAAGAACUACAAAUGAUGAAGUGACAAAUAUUGAGGCAUUAUAUCUCAAUGAUGAGCUGGAACAGCUAGUUUCCCAAUUUGAUGAUCUGGAAGUUGCUCAAAUGUACGGGGCACAACAACCUCAAAACGCUGACUCUGCCAACCUCAAUGAACUACCUGAAAGAUUUGAAGGAGAUGAUGAUUAUCUGACUGAAACUGCCACAAAAGGCAAACACUCUUGA